AUGUAUAGUGAACGACUGCGCCUAUUGGAGCAGGCAAACUCUGCCGCACUAGUCAGUGAGGCGUCUCGAGCAUCAAACUUCCCAAGCGACGAUGUAAGCAUCGAUUCACGCAGUGAGCGAGAUGCUCCGCAAACGUUAGAUAAAGCGUCUGAACCGACUACAUUGAUAUCUUGCCUUCGAAGCGGCUUUUAUCGUCUCUUUCACAUGCCAUCAAGUCCCCGUCUGGGAUCCCGUGGUCCCGUUUUCCGAGGCGGUUCUCACAGACGAAGUCUGCCCAUUGCCACAUCUCGGUUACUUUCAACUUGGCGGCUUAUUCCCUCCGUGGUACUUUUAAAUGUGGGCCAUUAUAUCAUACGGUCAGUGGCCUGUGUGUUUGCGACCGCCUAUUGGGGUGAAGAUGGAGACCGACUGGAAGUGGAUGCUGAGUUGGAUAUGACUUUGAAGGUAAGUCCAGUUCAGUAA